CGUUGGCGUGUUUGGAUGAUCCAGUGUUCUGUAUGAGUGUUCAGAGUGGACUUUUCUCGUCCUUCCUCGACUCUUGGACGUUUGUCAAAUGUUCGGCUUUCAGGCUCUUUCAGUUUUUCCUGAUGAGGUCCAUCAGCUGUCAGUGAAUAGAGAAGCGGCAUGCCCUGAGCAGCAGGAGAGGAGUGAGCAUCUGAAAAUUAAAGAUGAACCUGAGGAACUGUGGAGCAAUCAAGAGACAGAUCAUCUUCGAGGGCAAGAGGAGGAUGAUAUCAAGUUCACUUUAUUUCCUGUCCCUGUGAAGAGUGAAGAUGAUGAAGAGGGACCUCAGUCUUCACAGCAUUCUCAAAAACAAACCAAAGAGUCAGCCAGGUACUUUGAUUCAGAGAGAGAUUUACAACAACAUUCUGAGGUCAAGACUGAAGACUCUUCUGAUCCAGAGACUGAUGACAGUGCUGAUUGGAGGGAGAUGACAGAAGACCAGUCAGGUUUAAAGUCAGUGGAGAAAAGCAGAAAAAUGAGAGCAAAGAUUCCAAAGAAAUUGUAUAUCUGCUCAGAGUGUGGAAAAAGAUUUAAGGAUAAAACAGGUUUGACUAAACACAAGGUUGUUCAUACUAAAGAAAAACCAUUCAGCUGCUCUGUGUGUUGUCAGAGAUUUACCCUAAAAGGAAAUUUAACUUCACACAUGACAAUUCACAUUAGUGAAAAAACUUUUGUCUGCUCUGUGUGUGGCCAGGGAUUUUCCCGGAUAGGGACUUUAACUGUUCACAUGAGAAUUCACACAAGAGAGAAACCAUUUGUCUGCUCUGUGUGUGGUCAGGGAUUUACCCAAAAAGGAAAUAUGACCUCACACAUGAGAGUUCACACAGGUGAAAAACCUUUUGUCUGCUCUGUGUGUGGCCAGGGAUUUUCCCGAAUAGGGACUUUAACUGUUCACAUGAGAAUUCACACAAAAGAGAAACCAUUUGUCUGCUCUGUGUGUGGUCAGACAUUUACCAAAAAAGGGAGUUUAACUGCGCACAUGAGAGUUCACACAGGAGAGAAACCAUUUGUCUGCUCUGUGUGUGGUCAGGGAUUUGCCCAAAAAGGAAAUUUAACUGCACACAUGAGAAUUCACACAGGUGAAAAACCUUUUGUCUGCUCUGUGUGUGGUCAGGGAUUUACUCAAAAAGGAACUUUAACUGUUCACAUGAGAAAUCACAGAUGAGAAACCAUUUGUCUGCUCUGAUUCUGGUGAGAGAAUUAUCCUAAAAGCAAGUUUAAAGAGUCACAUGAGAAUUCACACAGGUGAGAAACC